AGCAGAACUAUUGUGAAUCUCGCUAUCACUUCCUGCACUCGAUGGAUGGGGAAGGUUGCGCGAAUAUGUUGGUAGAAUAUUCCUCUGCCAAGGGAUAUCGCAGCGAAGUGGACAUGUUUGUGGCUCAAGCUGUGUUGCAAUUCCUCUGCUUGAAAAACAAAACCAGCGCCUUAGUGGUUUUCACGACGUACACGGAGAAGCACCCUUCCAUAGAAAGCGGCCCCCCCUUUGUACAGCCCUUGCUUAACUUCAUCUGGUUUCUGCUGCUGGCAGUUGACGGAGGAAAGCUGACCGUAUUUACAGUAUUGUGCGAACAAUACCAGCCUUCGCUGAAACGGGAUCCCAUGUAUAACGAAUACCUAGACAGAAUAGGACAGCUCUUCUUCGGUGUUCCCCCAAAACAAACGUCAUCCUACGGAGGACUAUUAGGCAAUCUUUUAAACAGCCUCAUGGUAGCCGGGGAAGAGGAAGAAAUAGAAGAAGAACAGCAGGAAAACAGCAGCCCCAUCGAGCUGGAUUGAUCUCCUCCUAAAUCCCUCGGAAUCCGACCACACGCUCACCCGAGACUCCCACAAACGUCAACGAAAGCGACCGAGAGAAAAAAAGACAUUGGGAACGAAUCCUGCCGUCGUUCCUCGACAGGUUCAAGGGGGGGGGGCCUCUGUUAUGUUUAAAAGAAGAAGGUUUGCUGAGAUGUUCAUGUUUUGGUCUAUAUUAUUUAUGUUUUAAAAAGAAACCCUGAUGCGCUGGGGGUAGCCAGGAGGAAAAAAAAAACAAACGAUUUUGUUGCAAUCAUUAGCGGAUUUGUCUUAAUGACGGCAGCAGACCGAAAAAGGCGCUUUCUCUGUGGUUUUUCUGAGCAGUAUUUCCCUCCUCUUUCCAGGCCCAUGAAAUAAAACCAGAACACACGUUGGUUGCUUUAUAUACGUAUAUAUAUAUA